UUCACCGUCUAGGAGGUUGAGAUCUAACUCUACUAACACAAAAAAAUACAAAAAAUGAAGUUGUUCCUCGUAGUGUGUGCCUUCGCGGUCGUCAGCGCAGAGUACAUAACUCCCACCUACCAGGGCAGCGCGGUAGUUCAUGGUAGUCCAGUCGCCCCUGGUAGUUCAUACGUCACGCAAGCUUACUACCAUGGAGGCGCCAGCAGCAACUACGUUCAACCCGUGUACCAGCCUCAAGUACAAAACGGACCACAGCACGUGCCGGUGAUCAAAAAUGGCGUUCCCGUCGAUACACCUGAGGUGCAACAGGCCAGGGCCGAGCACUUCGCCCUGUAUGCUAAGGCCGCCGCGGCCGCCGAGGCUGCCAAGGCUACGACGGGUCAGAAGCAGUAUGAUGAUGGAAGUUACUAUCAACAGAGUCAGACCUACUACCCCACCGCAACCAAUCAGUACAGCCAGGCGCACGGCGGCAGCAGCAGCGGCAGCAGCUACAUUUAUCAAUCCGGUGGACAUUUAUCCAAUUCAGGUCCUUACCAAGCGGGACCUGUUGACACCGCCGACGUCCAACAGGCCAAGGCGGCACACUUCACCGCCCUGCAGAGAGCCGCCGUCCGCGCCGCCUCCACAGAACAUCACAGGUACAGGCGUAGCGCCGUUUGGGGCGCCCAACUUCAGCACGUACCCGUCAUCACUAAGGACGGAGUGCCCCAGGAAACGCCCGAGGUCCAGGUCGCCAAGGCACAGCACCUCAUCGCCCACGCCAACGCCAAGGCCGGACACUCCGAGUGGAGUCAGGCAUCUGCUGGCAACUACGGCGACAGUUCCUCUAUCUGGACCAACUACGAAACACCAGAAGUGAACAAAGUGCAAUAUUCCGUCAACCACGACUUCUACGGGGGGUGGACUGGACCCCAACACUACCCCCAAAUUGAUAAAGAUGGCGUACCCGUAGAGACCCCAGAAGUCCAAAUUGCCAAACAGCAACAUUUCCUUGCUCACUCUCAAGCCAAGCUUGGACUCUACAGUCAAGUACAGGCUGGCAGUUAUUAUGGGUCAUCCUUCCCCCACGCCAAUAUAACACCAGACGGCGUUCCAGAAGAGACCCCUGAAGUCAAGAUUGCCAAAGCUAGACACUUUGCUGCCCAUGCUGAAGAGCAAGCCAAACACGCCAAAUGGGCUGGUCAAACUGGAUCUGGAUAUGGCAGUGGAUUUGGAUGGUAAAUCAACCCACACUAUCAAAGAAUGACAAAAAAUCUUGAUCUUCAUCUUCAUAACCAUACUGCCCAUUUUUACUUUAGUUUUUCUCUUUUUAUACUUGUUUUUACUAAGAUGUCUAUUUUAAUAAAUACUAAUGUUUAAAAACA